CGGCAGCUUUCUCUCGGUGUCCGCCAAGAAACCCUUUCCUCCCGCGGCUGGAGGCGGCGGCGGCACGGGCCGGGCCGGGCGAUGUCGGCAGCGAAGGAGCAAACGGCAGCAUGACCAAGAUCUGAACAGCCGCGUCAGUACAUCAACCAGCAGUCUUUGGGUGUGAAGGAAGGGCUGAACGAAUAUCUCACAUCUUCUGAGCUACCAUGGAAGUCCCUUCGGAUGAGGUGCUUUCCUCUAUGAUGUCUCAUCCCCAGGUAAUUGAGUCCACAGCCAUGAGUGAACCACAGUGCUACUACAAUGAAACCAUUGCCUUCUUUUAUAAUCAAAGUGGAAAAUACCUAGCCACUGAAUGGAACCCUGUUAGCAAGCUUGUGAUGGGACUGGGGAUUACCGUCUGUAUCUUCAUAAUGUUGGCCAAUCUCUUAGUUAUGGUGGCUAUUUAUGUCAACCGUCGCUUCCACUUUCCUAUUUAUUACUUAAUGGCAAACUUAGCUGCUGCGGACUUCUUUGCAGGACUGGCCUACUUUUACCUAAUGUUUAACACAGGACCCAACACUAGAAGAUUGACUGUAAGCACCUGGCUACUUCGUCAAGGUCUCAUAGACACUAGCCUGACAGCCUCUGUAGCCAAUUUGUUGGCCAUUGCUAUUGAGAGGCAUAUCACCGUCUUCCGCAUGCAGCUGCACACUCGGAUGAGCAACCGACGAGUGGUGGUAGUAAUUGUUGUCAUCUGGACUAUGGCCAUUGUAAUGGGUGCCAUACCAAGCGUAGGCUGGAACUGUAUCUGUGAUAUCACUCACUGCUCUAACAUGGCACCACUCUACAGUGACUCUUAUUUGGUCUUCUGGGCUAUUUUCAACUUGGUCACUUUUGUGGUGAUGGUGGUCCUCUAUGCUCAUAUCUUUGGGUACGUCCGCCAAAGGACUAUGAGGAUGUCCAGACACAGUUCUGGGCCUCGCAGAAAUCGGGACACCAUGAUGAGUCUCCUGAAGACUGUGGUCAUUGUGCUUGGUGCUUUUAUAAUCUGCUGGACCCCAGGACUAGUCUUGUUGCUCCUUGACGUUUGCUGCCCUCAGUGUAAUGUCCUGGCCUAUGAAAAAUUCUUUCUGCUACUUGCUGAAUUCAACUCUGCCAUGAAUCCUAUCAUCUACUCCUACCGGGAUAAGGAAAUGAGCGCUACCUUCAAGCAGAUCCUGUGUUGUCAGCGCAGUGAGAGUGCCAAUGGUCCAACAGAGGGUUCGGACCGCUCUGCCUCGUCACUCAAUCACACAAUCUUGGCAGGGGUGCACAGUAAUGAUCAUUCUGUGGUUUAAAAAAUGGGCAAAGAAAUCAGAAAGAACCACUGAGAACCUAGUGAUGGAUGAACAAUAGCAGGUUGUAAAACCCGCAUACGAAGAGGGGUGGGCACAGGGAGCAGAAAAAGUAACAAACUUUACCAGAUGCUCUUAAACAGUAAUGGACUACAGAAGUUUCAUCCAGAGAACCCACUCUUGCACAAGACCUGCUUUGUGUGCAGAACUGGCUGUGCUGUAGCCCUUCAUCCUUUUUAUUUCUACUUUUUGAAAGUAGAAAGCAGAUUCCUUGCAAUGAAAUUCCUAAGUAACCUUUGGAAAGUCUUGUUUUGACUACGCUAACUAGACUGUCAGACGCUGCUUUGUCUUUGUGCCAGUUGGAAUCAACUCGGAUUAAUUAAGCUUGUACCUGCUUCACUGCAUUUACAUGUAGCCACUUAGUCGUCUUAAAAAACCCCACAAGAAUACAUUUCAUUUAAUAAACACUUAAUAUUUAUCGCCAUCAGCAUGCUUGUGAUGGACACUUUCUGAGCAAGGAGAAAAACCAAGCUGUAGUCUUUGUAUUCUUAGCUACACUGCCAUUACUACAAUAAAACAAAAUUAUUUUUUCUAAUGCAGGCAACAGAAAAAUGGUGGAAAUUCUGACUGUUCUUAUCUUUGCUGGAGUUAGGAGCAUGCAUGUUUUUUGUGUAUGCAGAUUGUAUGUUUAAAAAAAAAAGAUGCUCAUUGUAAAGUUUUCAGGAAAAUAGAAAAGCAUAGACUGUAUUACAGUAUUUGUUUAGAUUAUGAAAUAAACAGCGCUCUAGUCACAAGGUAUUUAACUUUCUUUUUUUGAAGUGUGGUAUAAAAUAUGUAACAUAUACAAGGGGUCCCAAGUUACUCGCGGCCAGUUCCUUCAUGUAAGGUACAUCUUUACUGCUCUAAAAGAGCCAUAGUCACAUUAGUAAGAUGAAGCACAACAUGUUUUGUUUUUAGGAUCUGUUUAUGGUGGUGAAGUGCUUUCCUCAUUCAAGUGAGAAUGCAAACGGGAUUUUUUUUUAAGAAUUAAAUAUUCUGGGGUGUUUUGCACAGAGCAAAAGGUAUUUGUUAAUUAAUUACCCUCUGUGGUUACUUGGACCUAAGGUACAAUGUUUUUUAAGGAGACCAAAUAUAUAAUAGUCUAUCACUAUAAUUGAAACAUCUUUAUUUUUUUUAAUAUAUAUAUACUGUUAUGACGAGCCAACCUAAUAUAUGGAUGCUUUUUCAAUUGUGGCUACUUUAAAAACAAAUGCCACUUACCUAAAUAUAAAAUCCCAACAAUAUUUAAUGUUAAUCAAAGUCCAUCAAUCGAAUCAUGACUAAAUUAUAGGGAAAGUAUCUUUAGUAUAAAGAACUUGGGACCUUUGUAUGCCAAAUUUUACACAGCUAUGUGCAUAACAAUGUAACGUACAGCAACCAGAAAAAAAAUUAACAGGUCAUUUUUUUGUGUUGUUACAUGCCUAUAUACUGGUAAUAAACUUUUGUUUGAGGUUAGCAGUCAGUGUAAUAUUCUGGAAUGUUAUGCUAGUAUUCCAACAUGAAGCUUUUGUACAGGGGGAGUUAGCGUAUGUAGAUUUUAAGGAUACCUGAAAAAGGAAAUUAAGUACUGAAAACUGAAAGCAUAAAUGCCAAGGGACAGGCUGAAAUCCUGGCCCUACUGAAGUCAGUGGCAGUUUUACCAUUGAUUUUGAUGGGGCCGGGAUCUCUACCUGUGAUGUUCAGCAUGUGCAUAAAGGCUAAGUGGAAGUAGGACAGGUGAGAGCAGACAGAGGGGUGGGGGUGCUCCGAGAAGUGUCCAGGGACCAUUUGCCAGUAAACCAAGAGAUUGUUUUUGCACUUACUUUGUAUAAAACACACAGUUAUAUUAAUACUUAUUGAGGAAAUACAUGAGCCCAUGGUUUUUCACUUAUGUAACUAACUACAUUAAGAAAUAGAAGGUGGGCUGUUUUGAACUUUAAGAAAAGUCUACAUGCUAAGCCACUAAUAAAGUUUUCUCAAUGAGUA